AUGCGUUCUGUCGUCGGAUCGGAAAUGCGUGCGGACCUAACCUGUACCCCCCUAUUCGGGAUGCGUCCGUACUUUUUCGACCUCAGUUGCGAUAGUAUGCGUUUGCGCAUUAAUUGUCGCAUUUGGUGGCGAUCGGACUCUCUGGCAUCAGAACCAGGAUCGAAGAGCUCCUUCGACAGCUCCCAUUCGAGCUUGCGUUCCUAUAGCUCAAGUCCGCGUUCGGAGAUGUGUUUCUUCAUUUCCUGUGCCGACAACAAAACCUUUUCGAUCCUGAACACAGAACAGGACAUGUGUGAAGCGCAUUUCUCGACAGAGGUGCGUUCGUGA